CUGGAGUAAAUCAACCAAAUUAUCUCUGUUUGACAUUCCAGAGAGGCUCUAGGAAGGAUUUGUGGAGUAGGGCAGGAGCUGCCUUCCUCAGCCCCGUUUUGGCCUGGGUGUGAUGUUGUGGCCAUUUGGUAGAACUGUUGGACCGGCUAUCAAGCCUUAGUAGGUUAGCUGUCUUCGUGACUCUGGCAGGCUAGGAAGAGGAACCACGCCUUAGGGUCAGCUGGGUCAGCCAAGGCUCAGCUAGGCAGGAGGUGGCUUUCCUCCUAGAACUUCAGAAGAGCCCACUGGCUCUCAGCUGGCCUGUUCCCUUUGAGGCCGGCUUCUGGAGGAAAGCCAGAUAGACAGCUCCUGGGAUCAGGGGACUGAAAGCUUAGAACUCAGCCUGCUGGGAGUUGAGCUAGAACGCCGUUGGAGUGUGAACUGUGUCGGUGGACAAUAUGUGUGGUAGGCUGGGCUCAUGGGGGUCCCCUGGGUCCCCUGUAGUCCUAUCCCCUUCACACAGUCUGUCUUCAGGCACGUUCCAGAAAGGUUCGGAAGGUAUGUGUGACGGCUGGAAGGGGAGACUCCCCUGAGAAAAUAUUGGCAGGUUUCCUGUCUCCUAGCUGCCUAGAGAUUGUCACCCUUGGACACUGGAAGCUGGACCCCCAGGACUGACCAUACGCCCUGGCCUUUGCUGUCGUACCUCCUGAGACCUAGCUGUGCUGGCUGGGCACCAGCCAGAAGACUGAGGGCAGCCAGCAUGGAAGAAGAGCAGAGGCUCCCGGGGGCUGCCUGGGACUUGCUGCUGAUUGGCCCUGCCUUCCAUUCUCCUAGGCAGGGUGUCAGGAAGCUGGAACUUUGUUAUCUGGGUAAUUAGCUUCAGACCCUGGACUGAGGCUGGCCAGGUCUUAGGGCUACUUCCUACAGGCUGUGCACCCUGACCCCAAGAGGGAGGCGAGGUGCUGUAUACAGAGGCCCUGCCAGCUGAGCAGUUAAAUUGUCAGUCCUGCUUGGGAAACGACUGCAGCCACCCCCCCCCCCACACACACACCUUCCACCCCACCCCCUGCCACACUGCCCUCCCUGCCUAGGCUCUGCCCCUUAGGGCAGCUGGGCCUGGUCAUAGUGUGGGGCCUUCUGGUUCAGCCUUGUCAGGAACAGAGGGCACCAAGUCGUAGAAAGGGGAUGCCCCCAAGGGUGCCAGUCCAGCCAGCUGCCCCACCCUUCAGGCUUGUCCUGCCCCCCCAAAUCCAAAUUGUGGUACCCCAAUCAACCCUGUGGGCAGACAUCCACCACCAUGGCCGAGCACCUGGAGCUGCUGGCAGAGAUGCCCAUGGUAGGCAGGAUGAGCACCCAGGAGCGGCUGAAGCAUGCCCAGAAGCGACGUGCCCAGCAGGUAAAGAUGUGGGCCCAGGCUGAGAAGGAGGCCCUUGGCAAGAAGGGUCACAAGGAGCGACCACGGAAGGAGGUGUCUGACCUAAGGCCUCAGAAGCAGGUCCUCUUCCCUCCCAGCGUUGCUCUUCUGGAGGCUGCUGCCCGAAACGACCUGGAGGAAGUUCGCCAGUUUCUUAGUAGUGGGGUUAGCCCCAACCUGGCCAAUGAGGAUGGCUUGACAGCACUGCACCAGUGCUGCAUUGAUGACUUCCGAGAGAUGGCACAGCAGCUCCUGGAGGCUGGGGCUGAUGUCAAUGCUCGGGACAGUGAGUGCUGGACACCUCUGCAUGCUGCAGCUACCUGCGGCCAUCUGCAUCUGGUGGAACUCCUCAUUUCACGUGGCGCAGAGCUCCUUGCAGUCAACACCGAUGGGAACAUGCCCUACGACCUGUGUGAGGAUGAGCAGACACUGGAUUGCCUUGAGACUGCCAUGGCCAAUCAUGGUAUCACCCAGGACAGCAUUGAGGAGGCCCGGGCAGUGCCAGAGCUGUGCAUGCUGAAUGACCUCCAGAGCUUACUGCGUGCUGGGGCCAACCUCAAUGACCCUUUGGACCAUGGGGCCACGCUGCUGCACAUCGCCUCUGCUAAUGGGUUCAGUGAGGUGGCUACCCUGCUGCUGGAGCAAGGAGCCAGCCUGAGCGCUAAGGACCAUGAUGGCUGGGAGCCUCUGCAUGCUGCAGCCUACUGGGGCCAGGUGCACCUGGUAGAGUUGCUUGUGGCACAUGGGGCUGAUCUGAAUGGAAAAUCCUUGGUGGACGAGACGCCCCUCGACGUGUGUGGGGAUGAGGAGGUGAGAGCCAAAUUGCUAGAGCUCAAGCAUAAACAGGAUGCGCUCCUGCGGGCCCAGGGCCGCCAGCGCUCCCUGCUGCGUCGGCGGACCUCUAGUGCAGGCAGCCGUGGAAAGGUGGUGAGGCGGGUGAGCCUGACGCAUCGCACCAACCUGUAUCGCAAGGAGCAUGCGCAGGAGGCCAUCGUGUGGCAACAGUCACCACUCACCAGUCCAGAGCCACUAGAGGAUGAGGACAGACAGACAGAUGCUGAGCUCCGGCUGCAGCCCCCAGAGGAAGACAGCUCUGAGGUGGCCAGACCACACAAUGGCCAAGUAGGGGCCCCGCAAGGGAAGCACCUGUACUCAAAGCGUCUAGACCGGAGUUUCUCCUACCAGUUGGGUCCUGCGGAGAGCAGCGCCCCUGAUGCCCUCAUCCGGGACAAGGCGCACCACACACUGGCAGAACUGAAACGCCAGCGCGCGGCUGCGAAGCUGCAGCGACCGGCCCCUGAAGGGCCUGAGACCUUUGAGCCUGGCCUGUCUGUUGACACUGAGACCCCCCAACCAGACUGUGGCUUCAGAACAACUGGGGACCCACCUCUGCUCAAGCUCACUGCCCCCUCGGAGGAGGCUCCUGUGGAGAAGAGGCCAUGCUGUUUGCUCAUGUGAAAUGUGACUCCUCAGUAUGGCAGGGUUCAACCCCAUGCCCAGCCAGAGGCUUCCUCAUGAUCUCUGGCCUGGUGGCCCACUCCAGCACAUGCCCCAGUGCUGUAGGAGAGCCAGCACAGAGCCCUGUACUCCCUUCCAGCCCAGGACACUGGCCACCUUGCUCAGGGAUGGACUAUGCAGAGCUAGCUGUACCUGUGGGCCUCAGGCCACAGGCUGCUUAUCCUGUGACUCUUGAUAAAGGCUGUUUGCCACUGA